AUGGUAAAAUCCAGAUUUUACUGGAGCAAAAUUUUUAUUUCUGUAUUAAGACUUCCUUUUUUCAUCUGCUUGUCCCAGGUGGCAAAGCUGGCAGCUGUUUCUUCUGGUCUGCCAUUUGCAUGUAUUACUGUACAUGCAGCAACAGAAAAGGAAUCAAAAAGUCAGCUGGUGAAGCCAAAUCAGCUUCCAAUUUACUGUCCACCACCUCUGAAAUCGAAAUACAUUGAAGAACAGCCUGGUCACUUACAGAAGCAAUUUUCUUCAGUACGACAGACAACCGGCCGCUAUAUUGGAUGGUGCACGGAUGCUUUUGUCUUUAUUAAAAAUGGAAUAAUGGAUUCAAUUCAAUUUGGAAAAGAUGCUUAUGUUUACCUGAAGAAUCCACCACCAGAAUUUCUUCCCAAAGUUGGUGUAAUUACAAUAUCAGGCUUAGCUGGCAUUGUGCUGGCAAGAAAAGAUUCUAGAUUUAAGAAAAUUGCUUAUCCAUUGGGACUUACUACUUUAGGAAUCGCUGUGUGUUACCCAGCUCAGUCAGUGGUAUUUGCUAAGGUAACAGGGAAAAAGUUAAUUUCUGCAAGCCAUCAAACCUAUGAAGCUGCGCGGUCACUAUGGGCGAAAAAUGAAGAGGUCACAAAGCUGCCGCAAGAGUCAAAAUUGGUUACGCAAGAAGACAAGAAAAAGAAGGAAAUUUCUAGUACAAAAUCUGAGUCUGCUAUUGAGCCAAGAUCAUUUAACAGAACAGAAUCUUCUCCAGUAGAGUCUUGGAAUAAUAAAGAUCCAGUGCCUUCAUCAGGAACAGUGAAGACACCAAAAUUUAAGCCUGAUCCAAAACUUAUGGACCAUGGUCAGUCCAGCCCAGAAGAUGUGGAUAUGUACAGUACUAGAAGCUAAGACAAAUCUGCUUACAAAUCUUUGCAAAGUAUGCCAGAUAAGGGGGAGGGAAGAAGGGAAGGAAUAAUCCUUGCAAUACAUACUCUGUGAGGUAUAAUUUAAUCAGGUAUCUUCUUAUAUCCCAAUUUGUAUUACUGACUUACGUGACUCUGUUCAGUGAAUAUUUUGUUUCUCACUACUUAGAAGCAGUGAGAAUUCAGUCAUUGUCAGUGUCAUUAGUGAGACACUGAGAAAAUGUCAGUGUCUUCUCAUGAAGAGGUUUCUCUGUGCCAAGCUUGUUAAUAAAUGUCACUUCAC